AGUCAGUCGGAGGAAUUGUAAGAGGGAAGAUCGGAAAGAUCGCGUAGUUUCUGAAACUGUCCGGUGGAUUUAGAUGUGAAGUUUUAAUGUCAAAAAAAACAACAUGUGAAAGAUAAUUAGAAUUUUCCGUAUUUUUCAUUUAAAUACUUCAAUCAUGGUUAAAAUCACGUUACAUUUUGAACAAAAGUGAAGAGUGGCGCUAGUGUGCAAAGGAUUAAAUAUAGCUCUAAGGAUACAUAAAAACCUGGAUAUUGUGACAUUUUUGUUGGAGUGUAAAAAUCUUUAAAUUCCAUGCCAAAAAAAAUCACAAACCCAUAAGGAAUACUAUGUGUGAAAAUGGGAGCUUGAAAUUGAGUUAAAGGUCAAAAAAUAGAUUUUGUGCAAAGACACGGAGAGCAAUCCUCAAAGCUUGAAAAUGAUGAUGCCGUUGGCUCACAUCCAAUUGUGAAAAUCUAUUUUCAGUGUUUUUCCCAUUUAACAUUCACAAAUACACACAAUUACCAAGGCGAAUAUUUGUAAUCAUUUCUCAAAUACACACAGUAUUCCUUUCACAUGAAAGAACAUAUCACCAGAGGAUGGAAUUCCUUACGUUUCUCUUUUAAAGAUUAAACGGCAUUUCUAAGGAUCACGAUCACCAAAGUUUAUUCGCUCUAUACAUUAGAAAACAUAAAAAUGAAACACAAAGUGAUGACAGUGUAAUAAUAUCUACAAAAAGAAAAUGAAGGAAUUCAGAAAAACCUGUGACGAAAACCAAAAAGUGAAAUUCCAGUGAGAUCGAAAAAAAGUGAUUCUAGAGAAAGUUUUAAAAGUGAAACAGUGGCUCUGGAAAAUGCUCCAGCAUCCAGCAACGGAUUUCUAUGAUCUCUCCUCGGCCACGAGUGUUAUCUCCAGUAGACAGACUCCUCCGUAUCAUAGCCCAACGACAGCACCAUCUAAUACAGUGGGCAACUCAACUCCUGGGCAUAACAAUGGAAAUGCCGCCGGUCUGGAGAGAAUUGGCGGUCAGAACGGAUCACCCACGAGCGGUGGACGAGAAUCCCUGCCUAGCUUUGGUUUCACACAAGAACAAGUGGCUUGUGUUUGUGAAGUCCUCCAGCAAUCUGGCCAAAUAGAGCGAUUAGGACGAUUCCUCUGGUCGCUGCCUCAAUGUGAUAAACUGCAAUUGAAUGAGUCUGUCCUGAAGGCGAAGGCUGUUGUGGCCUUCCAUCGAGGGCACUUCAAGGAGCUCUAUCGAUUGCUCGAACACCAUCAAUUCUCACCACAUAAUCACACCAAAUUGCAGAGUCUUUGGAUGAAAGCACAUUAUGUGGAAGCCGAAAAACUGCGCGGAAGACCUCUAGGUGCUGUUGGAAAAUACCGCGUCCGGAGAAAAUUUCCGCUCCCGCGCACAAUUUGGGAUGGAGAAGAGACGAGUUACUGUUUUAAGGAGAAAUCAAGGUCUAUUCUAAGGGAUUGGUACGCACAAAAUGCUUAUCCUUCACCACGUGAUAAAAGGAGUUUGAGCGAAAUUACCGGACUCACAACAACACAAGUGUCGAAUUGGUUUAAAAAUCGUCGACAACGAGAUCGCGCAGCAGAACACAAAGAUAACGGCGGAUCGGACAAGCAGCACUGUGACUCCAGUGAGUCCGAAAUGGAUACUCCAACUAUCAUGCACACGCCCACAGCCUCAACUAUGACGAGUGGUAGUGGAGCAUCUGGUACCGGGGGGAAUAGUACGCAGCCUUCAAUGUCGCAGACGCACAUGGCGAUACCCCAAGCUGUAGCUACCCAAAGUACAACCUCGGGUACACUAGGAGGUCCUCAUGCGGUAGCUACAGGUGCUGGUGGAGGGAAACUCACAGGACAGAUGGGACCCCUCUCACCAGUAACCUUUUCACCUCUACAUAGUGUGAUGUGCUCCAUGCCUAUGUACGACAUGGGUGACUACCAACCUAGGAUGAUAUAGAUAGGACUACCGCCACUUGGGAUUCAAGGAAUGUAAUAUUGCUACCAAAAAAUUAAAAAGAGAGGACAGAGCAUAAGAUCUGAUCACAAGAAAUAUCGAACAGUAAAUAACUUUGAAAAAAGCAACAAGAAUAUUUUUAAAAAAUCCAAAAUCUGUUCCAGAAUAUAAUUUUUAAUAUUCUCUAAUGCACUUUUGGUCGCUUGAUAUUAUUUCGUGAUGAGAAAAUUUCUUUUUCCUAAAACUAUAGUAUUCCCUAGGAAUUCCUAACAAAUUUCGCAAAGUGUAAAUUAUAUUAAAAAUUUAUUCUGGAACUUUUUGUAAAACAGAUAACUUGACAUCAUCUCGGUCCAACUACAGUGGACAUAAUGUAAAUCCGAGAAUUAUACAAGGAGAAAUCAGAAGGAUUUCCUUCUUCAUGAAAUAAAAUACUCCAUAGAGAAAUUAAUUGUAGAAAUAUCUUUUGAGCGCGAAAAAAGAAAAUUGCAACAAAACCCAUUAUUUAUUCUAGUUAAGUUUAUCAUUUUUUUCUAAUUCAUAUUUAAUAAAUAGUCACAAAUACAACGAAAUGCCGCAGAGUACUGCAGGAUGGAUACUUCUCAAAGCAAAUAAUUUAUAUAUUAAUUCGCGGAAAAUAAGUAGGGGCCUGACUUUGACCUUAAUAAAUUGUGGCUUUGUUUUUUUCGUGAGGGCAAAAAAGAGCUCAUUUUUCAAUGGUAAAAAAAAUAAAAUGGAGUGAAUAGGCGUAAAAAUCAUGUAAAUAGUUAGAAUAGAAACAUUUGGAGUUUGAUGGAGGAGAAAUGGAACGAUUCUAUUAGCACAAUUGCAAUUAAUUAUAGAAGCAUCAAAUGCUAAAGUCUCUCAGUUUUAAAUUUCAUCUUUUAUCCGGAAAAUCAUUCAACAAUUUAAAAAAAUAUAUAUCGGAAAAUAUGCUGAAUUGUGUUUUUGCGGGGUUAAAAUGAUUUUAAAAAAAAAAGAGAGAGAUUUGGCAAAAUUUCUAAGAGGCACAGAAAUCACACAUUCUAUCAUUAUUUAAAAUAAAUAAAUGAAAAAAAUAUGCAGAAAAUAGAAAGUGUCAAAUUACAGACAAUUAAAUAAAUUUAGUUCAAAUCACACAAAAA